GCUGAUGCUGCCGCUAGUCUGUAUCCAAGGAGCAAGACUGACAGAGAGAGAGACAGCCUGAAAACCCGGACCUACCCCACCAACCCCAUCCACCAUCAUCAACUCAGCCCUGCUCCAGAGGAGGGAACAGCAUUGACCUGAGCUCAACACAGUGGAAUCAUGACCCUAGCAGCGUACAGAGAGAAGUUGAAAGAGCUCCCCCUAGUGUCUCUGUUCUGCUCCUGCAUCAACCCUCAGACCAUCGACUGUAAACCCACAUACAAAGCAGAAGAUGUGGUGGAUCUGGGCUGGUGUGUGAUAAAGGAUGUGGAGGUGAUAGAGUUGAACAAGCGUUCUUCGGGCCAGGCCUUCGAGGUCAUCCUGAAGCCUCCGUCAUUUGAUGGCGUCCCAGAGUUCAACGCUACCAUGCCCCAACGCAGAGAACUCUACAUGGAGGACAUCCAGAAGAAACUAGAGGCUGCAGAGGAGAGGAGGAAGUGCCAGGAGGCUGAGUUGCUGAAGCACCUGGCAGAGAAGAGAGAGCACGAGAGAGAGGUGAUUCAGAAGGCCUUAGAGGAGAACAACAACUUCAUCAAGAACUCCAAGGAGAAGCUGGAGCAGAAGAUGGAGGCCAACAAGGAGAACAGAGAGGCUCUACUGGCGGCCAUGUUGGAACGACUGCAGGAGAAGGACAAACAUGCAGAAGAGGUGAGGAAAAAGGUACUAGCUUUGGCAGAUGUGGUGGAUCUGGGCUGGUGUGUGAUAAAGGACGUGGAGGUGAUAGAGUUGAACAAGCGUUCUUCAGGCCAGGCCUUCGAGGUCAUCCUGAAGCCUCCGUCGUUUGAUGGCGUCCCAGAGUUCAACGCUACCAUGCCCCAACGCAGAGAACUCUACAUGGAGGACAUCCAGAAGAAACUAGAGGCUGCAGAGGAGAGGAGGAAGUGCCAGGAGGCUGAGUUGCUGAAGCACCUGGCAGAGAAGAGAGAGCACGAGAGAGAGGUGAUUCAGAAGGCCUUAGAGGAGAACAACAACUUCAUCAAGAACUCCAAGGAGAAGCUGGAGCAGAAGAUGGAGGCCAACAAGGAGAAUAGAGAGGCUCUACUGGCGGCCAUGUUGGAACGACUGCAAGAGAAGAAUAAACACAGCGAAGAGGUGAGGAAGAAGAAAAGAACUGAAGGAGGAAGCCAGCUGGAAGACGAGUGGAGCGAGGGAGUGGGUUUUGUGAGUCAAUAAAAAAAAAUAGACCUGAAAACAAGCCAAUCUGAACUAUGAACACAGGAGUCAAUGUUCAUGUUAAUAAUGUAUACAGUAACGAAUUGGAACAAGUGUACAAAACUAAACAGGGAUUCCACAACACACAACAAAAACAUUGUGAUGAAAUAAAAGAGACAAGGAUGUGUCUGUCUGGUAAUGUAAGGUGCACCAGAGUGUGAGUGGAUCUGGGUGUGAAUGGAUGUUUUAAUGACGAUGUUAAUCAUGUGGGGACAGACAGAGUGAAUCUGGUGUUUGUGGUGGAACACAGUGGAGUGGUAGGUUAUCAAUAUGGUGCCUCAGUCAGUGCCGAAACAUACAGUACCACACCCUUAGAGCCCACUAUCCCAGAGCUGACUGAACACACCCUCAGAGCCCACUAUCCCAGAGCUGACUGAACACACCCUCAGAGCCCACUAUCCCAGAGCUGACUGAACACACCCUCAGAGCCCACUAUCCCAGAUCUGACUGAACACACCCUCAGAGCCCACUAUCCCACUAGCUGACUCGACACACCCUCAGAGCCCACUAUCCCAGAGCUGACUGAACACACCUUUAGAGCCCACUAUCCUAGAGCUGACUGAACACACCCUCAGAGCCCACUAUCCCAGAGCUGACUGAACACACCCUCAGAGCCCACUAUCCCAGAGCUGACUGAACACACCCUCAGAGCCCACUAUCCCAGAGCUGACUGAACACACCCUCAGAGCCCACUAUCCCAGAGCUGACUGAACACACCCUCAGAGCCCACUAUCCCAGAGCUGACUGAACACACCCUCAGAGCCCACUAUCCCAGAGCUGACUGAACACACCCUCAGAGCCCACUAUCCCAGAGCUGACUGAACACACCCUCAGAGCCCACUAUCCCACUAGCUGACUCGACACACCCUCAGAGCCCACUAUCCCAGAGCUGACUGAACACACCCUUAGAGCCCACUAUCCCAGAGCUGACUGAACACACCCUCAGAGCCCACUAUCCCACUAGCUGACUCAACAACAUCCACACUCUGUAUCUCACUUGCAGGCUCUUACACAUCAAAAUGAUUUAUAGUGUGAUAUGUUUUUCCCUACAGCUUUAUCGGGUAAUGCUGUAACCAACUCAUGCACUAUUUUGAAUUUACCGGGGAAUACUGUCAAUGAUAAAUAAUUUGUGUAAAAAGAUUGGAUUGUGUCAUUGGAAAAGGCUAAAUAUGUCUCAAAUACUCUCAAAUAAUUUUAGCAAAUGUAUUGAAAAUGUAAUACAGAAAUAUCUCAUUUACGUAUUUUAAGUAUUCACACAGUCAAUAAAUGUUUGAAUCCACUUUG